UUCAAUAGGUGGCGGUAAUGCACUAUUCUCGGUCUUUAAACCGCCGUAAAACUCAAAGAAGAAGAAGGACGUGAUUCCACUGACGUUGGAUAGUUUUUUCAGUCUACAAAAUUGGAACGUACAAGUAACCAUCAAUGCAUGUCGAGUGCAGACAUGCCGAGUGGAAACGAACAAGGCUGACCUUUUUGAAUGUGGAGGAGUUUUCAUAAAAUUUUGUUGAUGGUUUUUAAAAGUAAAGCCUAUAGUGCUAAACAAAAAGAAAAGAAAAAUGGACUUGUUCUGGUACAUAGUCGCCUUCCUCUUCAUCAUCCUAAAGAUCACUAUCUACAUCUGCUGGUACCGGUCACGUCAUCGUCAGUUGGGGGCCUAUAUUGGUAACCCACACAGCAAUCAGGUCAUUGUCAUGGGAGGGCGUGCAUACGGGCACCAGGUGUGUGAAAGACCAAACACUGCAGUGCAGCCCAUUUUGAGAGGUGGUGUGAGUACCGGCUCUACUGGAGAGACUUCUGGACCUCUACCUCCCACUACACUCUAUUCUCCGCUGGACGCACCCCCUCCAUAUCAGGCCAUCUACAGAAUGGAUGAGCUGAAGCCCCCCCCAUACGCCCCCGGAUACGCACAGGGUGGAGCCACCGGAGGUCCCUGGACCGAUCUCGCCACCAUGACCUCCGACCCCCGACAAGUCACUGAUGCACCUCCUCCCUACAAGGCCCACCCACACAUAGAGGCAGGGCUGCCUCAGUACCCACGGGCAGGGGAGGGGCCCCCUGGAGCAGGGCUGCCUCAGUACUCACGGGCAGGGGAGGGGCCCCCUGGAGCAGGGCUGCCUCAGUACCCACGGGCAGGGGAGGGUAUCCCUGGAGCAGGGCUGCCUCAGUACCCACAGGCAGGGGAGGGGCCCCCUGGAGCAGGGCUGCCUCAGUACCCACGGGCAGGGGAGGGGCCCCCUGGAGCAGGGCUGCCUCAGUACCCACGGGCAGGGGAGGGUAUCCCUGGAACAUUUAUUUUUUGAGGAUGAAGGGAAAAGAGGGAAAUAUGGACGCUUUAUGAACAGUGGCAGUUUGGGUGGGGUUUUUCUACAGGCUUGUCGGGCACACAGAAGGAAGGCUGUGUGACAAAUUCUGGCCUCAUCUGUCCUCAGUUGAUUAGGCUGGCGGAGUUCAGCAGAAAUCUUUUCUUUGAUUGUCUUUUCCUCCCUUGCCAUGGAUUCACAAUUGAGUUAAAACCAGCCUAGUCUUCUAAUUUUCCAGCCAGUGUUAUUUCUGUAAGUGAAGAAUCUCAAAGAGUGAGCAGAGAAGUCACAGCCACUUACUACUUGCCUUUUUUUUACUGGUUGGUUAAUCGCCAAAAUGUGACAAUGAAUGUAUCACAGUAGGUGCAAAAUAUUCAAACAGGCCCACCACAGCCAGAACAAUGCAAUGAACAUUCUAUUGGUCACUUCAAAAUAAUGUAGUGCCUAAUCGUAACUCCCUGUUAUUGCAUACUCAGGUUUUUUCAUUGUAUGACAUACUGUACAUGUACUCUUGUUAAGUGCACACAAAAGAAAAUGUGAUUGUUUUCAUAACUUUUGUGCACCUGUGGUGUUCCCGGUCAAAAAUGACCAGACAUUAGAAAUGAAUGGGUAAGACUACAUUUAGGCACAUGGCCAUUCAUGAGAUGCACACACUUUCUCUCCCAGACCUCCACAUGCAUGUGUGUUUGAGCACAUGCACACACACACACACAAACGCGUGCGCCUCACUCCCCUUUUUGGCUUCCAUGGAAACCCCCACUUUAUCCCAUGGGAACCACACCUGUUGGCAUUCUCAUAAACAAUCGCAACACUUCAAUAAUUUGUAGAACUUUUCUUGCAGCUCUGGUAGAUAAAGCUUUUUUGAGGCCUUGCUCACGAUUCAUUCUGUGGCAGCACAAUGACCUGAUAUACUGUAUUUGAGGAUCUUCAUCAUAUCUUUGAUCAAGACACUGGUGAGGAGGGGAGAGGCCAGGAAACUGACAAUGAAGAUGCAUUAGAAGAGGAAGUGUCAGAAGUUGGAAGACAACACAGAAUAUGAGCUAGACCAAGAGAACCGAUGUGGAAGAAUGCAGUGAUGAGGAAGAGGGCCAUGCUGAAGUUGUUGUUACAUUCAGGUCAAAGAAUGGGGAUUUGUCCUGGUCUUCAUCCCCACCAGAGAGGAGAGGUUGGCUGUCGGCUGAAAAUGUUAUUAGGAUGACCCCAGGGCCAAUGAGAUACGGCAUAUCCCAGGUUGAUGACAUAAAAUCCUGUUUUUAACUGUCAAUCAACUUUUAACUAUCAUGUUUAAACUAUUGUGAUAAACGUGACCAACUUGGAACAAAAGGAAGAGCACAAAUGUCAAAAUGAGCAUUAUGUACCAUAAUUUCAGUGCAUAUAUUUGCAAGGCACAUGCAACAACCACCACGUAUUGUCCAACGUGCAUGAGAACACACAAAAUGUAACCACCAUUGAUUGACAGAUUUAUUGAUUUUAAUGUUAUUGUUAGUAAUACUGUUAUUGUUACUGUUGUUCUUUAAUGUGUUCAGACAUUCAUUUUGUGAUAUGGUAAAGUUUGCAUGUGUAGUUUUGUGCCUAUGUCCUUUCUUUACUACUAAAAUCAUACCAGUCAGUCUUGACCAGGAACACAACAGAUGUUAUUUUGUGCCACUAUUUAACAUUAAAAAUGGUUUCAAAAACCU